GGCGGGAUAAUUCCAGUCUUCUGCUGCCCUCGUCUGUAUGGGAGACCAAGCGCAACUCAUGUGGGGGAUGUUUAAACCAUUCACGGCGACACUGUAGCACAUUUUCAUUAUGACACAUAAUCAAUAUGUGUACUACAUGUUCGUUGUAGAUGUCCAAUCUGCCACCAUCGCUUCAAUAAGAGCUACAGUUAGAUUCCUUUGUGUCCCUGAAACUACAUGUCCCAUACACCAUUGCGAAACAUGAACGCGCUUUACGUACAGUACAAUGCUAAUACAACGCUUUUAAACAUAGACAUGUUUUAAUGCUAUUCUGAAACUUGAACCUUACUAAGAUGUUGUACGUGCAUAUCGCCGCGCCACCUUAAAUAACAUACUUAUUUAACAUGAGUAAACAACGCGUCACGUGACCAAUAUUUGGGAACUUCUCAAGACUCAUGCUCGAGACACAGUAGCUAGUUAACUUUCUUCGCUGCGUCGAAACAAGAGGUAAAUAAAAUAAUAAAUAAACUUUCAUGAUGAAAUGCAGCCAGCUACAAUGGAUCCAGCGGAAGAGCCCCCAUCGAUGUUGUGGGGUCUGGACCCGAUCUUUUCUGCCUUCACCAGGCUGUAUGUCAGAGACAUCCUGCAGAUGGUAGAGUCCACUCAGGUGCCAGGUAUUUACUUCUACAACUCACAUCCAAUCUAUAAAGUUGAUGUACUUGGGACAGUGGUUUACCAGAGAGAAAGAGAAGACUUCUUCUGUUAUGGAGUGGAUGAUGGUACUGGCGUAAUAAACUGCCUAUGCUGGAAAAAUGACCUGUUUAAAGAAGAGGAGCAUCCUGCUAAAUGGGGAAAACCCAGUGAUGGGGAUCAGGGAGGCUUCAAUCCAGUUGCUGAACUAAAGAAGCUGAGGCGGGCCCAGCAGAGCCGCUGCCGUCUGGAGAUUGGAGAGCUGCUCCGAGUCAGAGGACCGGUGAAGACGUCAAGACAACAGAGAGAAAUCAUGGCCUCCACAUACUAUAAAGUGAAUGACCCAGUGAUGGCGUUCCAGAUAGCGUGGAUGAUGGAGGUUCCUCAGCUCUACAGACAGUGUUAUGACAAACCACUUCAGCUGCAACCUAAUGCAACAGGUGACUCAGCCGUCAGUUCCCUCAGCAAGGCAACGAAUAUCAUCAAAGAUUUCUUAAAGCAGAAGUCGGUGUGCAGGUUCAGACCGUAUGAUGUUCAGGACCUCCUGCAGCCUCUGAUCUCCAGCGAGCCCCGAAAUGCAUCAGCAGACCAGGAGCCUGUGGCGGGUCCCUCUGCAUGCCAGCAGCUACACCAGCUUCUGAAGGAGGUCCUGCAAAUUCUACAGGACGAGGGUAUUGUGUACCGCAAGGUCAAAUCCCAGGAUGAGGUCUAUCAUGUGACUGCACAUGACAAAGAUCUGCUCAUAGCUGUCAAAGAUAUAAUCAGGGAGGACUCCAGGAGAGAGAAGUAUGCAGAGAAGGGUUGCCACGUCCUGCACAUCCUGUCUGCAGUCAGGCAGCGCUACAGCCUCAACGUGAGCAAAGCAGCGCUGGAGCUGGUCCUCAAAUCACUGGAGUCCAACAGUGACGUCGUCAGCACCAGCGACAGCCAUUACACUGCGUUUUAACUUAAGCACACUAUUACUAUAUAUAUACCGUAUAUACUAUGUGAAGUAUAGCUUAUUGCUCCAAAAUGUGAGCGUCCAAUAUGUUUAAAUAAAUCAUGCCAUUUGUAUUCCUUUGUUAAUCAGGACUAUUAUCAAGUGUGGUUGUUUCCAAAAGUAAUUGAACUACAUAUUUCUUAUAUUUGCAUUACUACUAAAUUAAAUCACUACUGCAUGUUAGUGUUCUAAGGUAAAUAUUAAGUUUAAUUUAACUUCAUUUGAAAUCUAUGACUGCACAAUUUUGCAAUCCACUGUUAAUAUUUAUGAUGAAAUCAAUGACAGACAACAAAGACGAGGUUCAUGCAUGGCUGCAUUAACCUGCUAGGGGGGCCUGGGGCACAAACUAGCUCCUGGGUCCCCACCAAUCUAACUUUUUAUCUAAUUUGCACAGCUUUUCUUUUGAAAAAACCCUCUUCAUUAUGUUUUUCUUAAGACAAAACAACAGAAAAUGUGUCAAAAAGCAGCAGUAUACAUGACAUAUCCCCCUGAUAUUUACAGCUACACGUACAAGAAAUCUCCAUAAGAUAAACCUGUUAAAUAAUAGUACUAAUAAUUGCUAUUAUCACCACCUCUGUCAUCAUUAUUAAAUAAGCAGUUAUAGGUACAUCAUAAUGCACAUAUGGAACAUGCACCAACAUGUCAUAUCCUUAUGUGGUUAGAAUAACGCAAAUAAGUAUGCCACAUCAUUCAUCUCCAGCAGAGGCUGAGAAUCAAACUUCAAAAAGUUGGACUCUUCAUUUCCCAUAAAGUACCUCAAUCACAUUUUUCAUUAGAUUUCCCCUGAUUAGUAAAUGCCCAAGCGCCCAAGUCUCCAUCCUUGGUAAUUGGUAAUCCAUCCUUACAUAUUCUCAUAUGCAUAUUCAAUUACUUCACAACAAAGCAUUUGACAUAAGCCUGUAGUUUUCAGGGC